GCAGCCUCAGGCCAUCCAUCGCGCUCGAAGCCGGCCGAUCGGAGGAGCAGGCGGGCCGCGCCGGCUGCCGCAGCACCGGUAGCGCGGGCCCAGCUCGUCUCCCUCCGCGAUGGCCGACGUCGACGCGGGCGCCGCCGAGGAGCCGGACCGCAGGACGCGCCCCGCGUCCCUGUCCUCGUCGUCGAAGGGGAGCGACCACGACGACGCCGGCAGCGAGAAGCCCACGCUGGGCCAGUCGGCGCCGUCCCCGGCGCGCCCCGCGGGCCACGCGCUCGAGGAGCCGCCGAAGCGGAAGGCGCCGGCCCGGCGGUCGCGGCCGAUGCGGAUGUUCCAGAGCAUGUGCCGGUCGCUGCCGCUGCUGAACCCGCGGUGCGGGCGGCCGCUGCAGCCCGGCGCGUGCCGGAUCGCGCCUCCCGCGCGGCUCACCCCCUCGGACUCCCUGCUGUCGCAGCUCAUGGGGUCCUCAUCCAGCGCGGCGGCGGCGUCCCGCCACCGCCUCACCGGCACGCUCUUCGGCUACCGCGACGGCCGCAUCUCGCUGUCCCUCCAGGACAACGCGCGGUGCCGCCCCACGCUGGUCGUGGAGCUCGCGCUCCCGACGCACGCGCUGCUCCGCGAGCUCGGCGCCCACGCGGGCGCGCGCAUCGUGCUGGAGAGCGAGAAGCACGCGGAGCACGCUGACGCCGCCGCCGCGGCCGACGCCGGUAGCGACGGCGCCGGCGCCGGCGCUGGCGGAGCGGGCGGCGCCAGCUUCAAGCAUCACGACGACGAGGGGUGGGUGCUGGAGGAGCCGAUGUGGACCAUGUUCUGCAACGGGAAGCGCGUGGGGUACGCGGUGCGGCGGGAGCCCACGGAGGAGGACAUCGCGGUGCUGGAGACGCUGUGGGCGGUGACCAUGGGCGGCGGGGUGCUCCCCGGCAGGUCGGUCGUGGACGGGCCCAACGGCGAGGUGGCGUACAUGCGCGGGAGCUUCGAGCACACCGUCGGGUCCCGGGACUCGGAGUCGCUCUACAUGGUCAGCCCGCCCGGUGGCGAGGGCCCCGAGCUCGCCAUCUUCUUCGUUAGGCUAUGAACCGAACCAACUUACUACGGUGCAUCCUCACGCCGCACUCGUGGCUAAACUUUUCCUCCCCUCCUCUGUACUGUAUCGUUCGUCAGCCUGGGCGUCAGAAAUUUUCGCUGCUGCCAUCACGGAAUUCUUUUUUUGGACAACAA